CCAGAAUGCUCUCUGACGUCACGCACUCGGGGCGUUCGGACGCACCCAAUGUAGCGCAGCGUUACGCCGUUACGCUGGGCCAGACCCCUCACCCUCGGUAACAGCGUUACGGCACGCUUAAUUUCUCAUUCGCAGUCGCCCUGACCCAAGGAAGGAGGACAUCCUAGCCAAGGCCCUGCAAACAGCGAAUCUCCAGGAAAGGCCUGUUUCUCGACUAGUGCCUCCACACGGCAACGAGCUCCGAGUCUUCUUCAAAAUGUCCCGCGAGCGUGAGCCCCGUCACCGCACGGCUGGAUCGUCGGCGUCCGUGCGUGCUCCACGCGGUGUCUGCAAUGGAAAGAAGCGUCUGGAGUGUCCAGUGUGCGAGAAGCAGUUUGCCUUUGGAUGUCAACUAGAAACGCACCUUCGGAUUCACACCGGGGAGAAGCCUUUCGAGUGCCCAGUUUGCAGGAAGAAGUUCAAUCGAAAUGGACAUCUUGAAGGACACCUUCGUACCCACACCGGAGAGAAGCCUUUCGAGUGCACAGUUUGCAAGAAGAAGUUCACACAAAGUUCUUAUCUGAGAAAGCACCUUCGCACCCACACCGGGGAAAAGCCAUUUGAGUGCACAGUUUGCAGGCAGAGAUUCACUCAAAGUGGAAGUCUCAGAACGCAUCUUCGGAUCCACACCGGGGAGAAGCCUUUCGAGUGCUCGGUUUGCAAAAUGAAGUUCACUGUAAGUGGAAGUCUCAGAACGCACCUUCGCACCCACACCGGGGAGAAGCCUUUCGAGUGCACAGUUUGCAAGAAGAAGUUCAAUGAAAGUGGAGAUCUUAGAAAGCACCUUCGCAUCCACACCCGGGAGAAGCCUUUCGAGUGCACAGUUUGCAAGAAGAAGUUCACACAAAGUUGUAAUCUGAGAAAGCACCUUCGCACCCACACCGGGGAGAAGCCUUUCGAGUGCACAGUUUGCAAUAAGAAGUUCGCUCGAAGUGAACACCUUAGCGAAAACGUCCACAUUCACACUGGGAAGAAGCCUUUCGAGUGCACCGUUUGCAAAAAGAAGUUUGUCCAAAGUGGACAGCUUCGAACGCACCUUCUGACGCACACCAAGGAUACGCAUCGUGAGUGAAUAAUUUCGACGACCUUAAUUUUAAUGACAUUAUUCAUACGGCGCAUCAUUUAUGCUAGUUUAUUAAAUCAAUAAUUCUGUUUGAAUGAAUGGUCGAAGUGCGCUGUAGCCAUUUAUUUAAUCAAUUCUGGUUGAAAGAACGUGGGAACUGCUCUGUAGUUAUUAUGGUCAGAAUUCCUGCGGCUCUUUUUUGUUCUUCGUACGGGUGUAACUAGGGCUAUUUGACCAAUACUCACUGUUAACAUCAAGUCCAAGCUGUUUAUGGUCCUUGUGAGGAGGCCUAAUCGUUCCGUGCAAUUUCAAUGAUUGAAGGUAUUGACAUUUCCCAUAAACAUGUGUUAUUCAAAAUUUGCUGGUGACCUUUUGGAAAAAUGCUUUAGUUUUUAGAUUUUAGGUUCACUUUCAAGUCAAUUGUGCUACCCGAGAGAGCUGCUUAACUUCGAACUUGUCAUCAGAAGCCCUUCAAGCACUUGGUGGAGGUCAAGCUCCUGUUUCAACAUUGCUGAGACGAUCGGGUAAAUUAGGUUUAUUUUUUAAGGGCGUGAUGAGUCUCUUGAAGCUCAGUGUUUUGUUUUGAAUUGUUUCGCAUUGAAACAUUGUUUUGAAAACAUUAAACUUGAUUCGUAUUUUGAAUUUCA